AUGGCCGAACAAGCCGCCCUCCUCUCGAGGCAAAAGAAGCUGUCUAAACUCGAUCUUUCCUAUCCCUUAUGGCUAUUCGACAUCGAUAACCCGCGCUGGCCGCGCCGUCUAGACUCCCUCUUACCAGAAACCUAUCCCGCCCAACUCACAGGUUGGCAAACUUCCAGCUCGGAGUACGGUAUGCAUUUAGACCGACCGCAGGACGUGACCCCUUCGAAAGAAAACGACGUCAAAUCGAAGGCUAAGAAGCACGAUUUCCACACUCUGGGGAAACUCGCACAGGAAGUCCUCCAACAACUCCGUUUCGAUGAUAGAUUUGAUCUGACGUCAUGGCAAGCCGUCGUUCGCCAAAGACAAGAUGAUGGGAGUGAGGAAAGUACCGUCAGUCUCGACGCAUGGGUCUUCGAUCGAGGUGAGCCAGGCUGGAUCGAUCCUUCGGAGCUCCUCAGAAUCGAGCGGAAAUGGGACCACGUUCACCUCUGGAACCCCACAAUCAACCUAAACAAACUCCCCGAUUACACCGAGUCAUUCCCACCCCUCUACGGCAUCGCGACUCUCAUCUCCUCCGACGCCGAACUCCUCCUGGCCAGCGGCAUAACAAAGAGGGAUCCCGGCGAAGUCAUUCUCCCCGCGGAAUUUGAACGGCUGGAUACCGACUCGCCCCUGAGGAGAUUGCGGGGCAUUGUGUGCACGCCGACGUACAAGGAACCCAGCGAGCAAGGGAUCAUGCUGAACCAGGGCCCGGAGUCAGCGCACAAUCAGCGUUUAUUGGCGGGAACGGCGCUGCAGAACGCAGCCUGGGGGGAGAUUGUUGAGUUUCGGAAAGGCGAGAGGAAGAGCCCUUUGCCGUUGAAGUGA